CCUCUCCAGCUCCAGCACCAUAGCCAUCAUGAAUGACACGGUAACCAUCCGGACCAGGAAGUUCAUGACAAACCAUCUGCUGCAGAGGAAACAGAUGGUCAUUGUCCUUCACCCUGGGAAGGCAACAGUACCAAAGACAGAAAUUUGGGAGAAGCUGGCCAAAAUGUACAAAACUACCCCAGACGUCAUCUUUGUAUUUGGAUUCAGAAUUCACUUCGGUGGUGGCAAGAUGACUGGCUUUGGCAUGAUCUAUGAUUCUUUAGAUUAUGCAAAGAGGAAUGAGCCAAAACACAGACUUGCCAGACAUGGCCUUUAUGAGAAGAAAAAGACCUCCCAAAAACAGCGGAAGAAACGCAAGAACAGAAUGAAGAAGGUCAGGGGCACUGCGAAGGCCAAUGUUGGUGCUGGCAAAAAGCCAAAGGAGUAGAACUGCGGUGACCUGAUGUUGUGCUAUGAUGUGCAGAUUUCUAAAAGGACAAAUAAACUAAAAAGCUUCUAAAAAUAAAA